CUACCCAGGGACUCCAACCCGGAACUAGCCUCCAUUGGGAAGGCCGCAGCCCCUGGCCAGGAGCUGGAGCCUGGACCGUGAGUGCAGGUCACUGCACUGGGGCUUGGUCGCGGACAGAGGAACGCCCUCCUCGUCCCCAGGGACUCCAGGCCAGGUGUGCCCUCUGCCAGAGGUUGCCCGGUCUGUAGAAAGUGCAGGCGCCCACGCCCCGGCUGGACCAUGGCGCCCCCGCGGAACGUGGUGAAGAUUGCUGUCCAGAUGCGUGACGCCAUCCCACAGCUCAUCCAGCUGGACCAGGCAAAGCCCCUGGCCGCUGUGCUGAAGGAGGUGUGCGACGCGUGGAGCCUGACUCUCCCUGAGCGCUAUGCCCUGCAGUUUGCUGAUGGGCACAGGAGAUACAUCACCGAGAAUAACCGCGCGGAGAUCAAGAAUGGCAGCAUCCUGUGCCUCAGUACUGCCCCAGACCUUGAGGCUGAGCAGCUGUUGGGUGGGCUGCAGAGUGGGAGUCGUGAGGGGCGCCGGGAAGCCCUGAGACGCCUCGUCCUGCUGUCUUCAGACAUGACCUUUGCCCGGGAGGUCAUCAGCCGUGAUGGGCUUCAGAGACUAGGCACCAUCAUUGAGGAUGGGGACGACCUAGGGGAGGUGCUGGCGCUCGCCCUGAGGACCUUCCUAGAGCUCAUGGAACAUGGCAUGGUGUCCUGGGAGACGCUCAGCAUCCCCUUCGUCAGGAAGGUCGUGUGCUACGUGAACAUGAAUCUGAUGGAUCCCUCUGUGCAGCCCCUGGCCCUUCGGCUGCUGGAGAGUGUGACCUUGAGCAGCCCUGCCCUGGGCCAGCUCAUCAAGAGUGAGGUGCCGCUGGAUAGGCUGCUGGUGCACCUGCAGGUGAUGAACCAGCAGCUGCAGACCAAGGCCAUGGCACUGCUCACAGCCUUGCUGCAGGGGGCCAGCCCUGCAGAACGUAAGCACAUGCUUGACUACCUCUGGCAGAGAAACCUUCGCCAGUUCAUCUAUAAGAACAUCAUCCACAGUGCGGCACCCCUGGGGGACGAGAUGGCUCAUCACUUGUACGUGCUGCAGUCCCUCACACUGGGGCUGCUGGAGCCUCGCAUGCGGACACCACUGGACCCCUAUAGCCAAGAGCAGCGGGAGCAGCUGCAGGCCCUGCGCCAGGCCGCUUUUGAGUCAGAAGGGGAGUCCCUGGGCACCGGGCUGAGCGCUGACCGUCGCCGUUCCCUCUGUGCCCGAGAGUUCCGCAAACUGGGCUUCUCCAAUAGCAACCCAGGGCAGGACCUAGAGCGCGUGCCCCCCGGCCUGCUAGCCCUGGACAACAUGUUGUACUUCUCCAGACAUGCACCCAGUGCCUACAGCCGGUUUGUGUUGGAGAACAGCAGCCGCGAGGACAAGCACGAGUGCCCCUUUGCCCGGAGCAGCAUCCAGCUGACAGUGCUGCUGUGUGAGCUGCUCCAUGUCGGGGAGCCCUGCUCCGAGACGGCCCAGGACUUCUCACCCAUGUUCUUCGGCCAAGACCAGAGCUUCCAUGAGCUCUUCUGCGUGGGCAUCCAGUUGCUGAACAAGACCUGGAAGGAGAUGCGGGCCACACAGGAGGACUUUGACAAGGUCAUGCAGGUGGUCCGGGAGCAGCUGGCCCGAACGCUGGCCCUGAAGCCCUCCUCCCUGGAGCUCUUCCGCACCAAGGUGAACGCGCUCACCUAUGGGGAGGUGCUGCGGCUACGGCAGACUGAGCGGUUGCAUCAGGAGGGCACGCUUGCUCCUCCUAUACUGGAGCUUCGAGAGAAACUGAAGCCAGAGCUCAUGGGCCUGAUCCGCCAGCAGCGUUUGCUCCGCCUCUGCGAGGGGACCCUCUUCCGCAAGAUCAGCAGCCGGCGGCGCCAAGACAAGCUGUGGUUCUGCUGCCUGUCCCCCAACCACAAGGUGCUACAGUAUGGGGACGUGGAGGAGGGUGCUGACCCGCCCACUCCCGAAGCCUUGCCUGAGCAGCUUCCUGUGGCUGACAUCAGAGCACUCCUGACAGGCAAGGACUGUCCCCACAUCCGGGAGAAGGGCUCCGGGAAGCAGAAUAAGGACCUGUGUGAGUUGGCUUUCUCAGUCAGCUAUGACCGAGGGGAGGAGGAGGCGCACCUCAACUUUAUUGCCCCCUCCAAGCGGGAGUUCCACUUGUGGACAGACGGGCUGAGUGCCCUGCUAGGCAGCCCCAUGGGCAGUGAACAGACACGGCUGGACCUGGAGCAGCUGCUGACCAUGGAGACCAAGCUGCGGUUGCUGGAGCUGGAGAACGUGCCCAUCCCUGAGCGGCCACCCCCCAUUCCUCCGCCCCCCACCAACUUCAACUUCUGCUAUGACUGUAGCAUCGCUGAACCUUGACAGGGAGACCUGCCGAGGGCCACAGCUGCUGCCACUGUCACAGCCCUGAAAGGUGGAGGGUAGAGAAGCACAAGCACCCUGGCCGUCAGAGAUUGCAGCAGAAAUAAAUUCUGCUUCUCUUGGGUAUGUGUUGAGCCAGCUCUGAACCUUG